AACCUACAAGGGAAAAUGGAACCUGAAGUGAUUGAUUUGGGAAUGAGGCAUGGGUAUACGAGAAAGAGUGUGCUGCAUAUGUUGGUGGAUGACUCGAAGGAGGAAGAGAUCAUUGACAUUUUGGAGCAAUGUCUAUUACAACAGCAACCAGAAGGAGAGGGAGAAGAAAAUCCGCAAUGAGAAAUAAGAUAUGACAAUCUAGAUAUUAACGCACAAGAUUUUCAUGGAUUCACUCCAAUCAUUUCUGUUAUAUCUGGUAGAUGAAUAUCUUCAAUCGAAAUCAUCAAGCUUAUGAUCAAAUUAGGGGCAGAUCCUUUCCUAAUGAGCAAUGACGGAAGAAAUGCCUUUCAUUGGGCCACCAGGAUCGGGAGUAAAAAUAUUCUCGAAGCUCUCGUUUCUUCCAUUCCCUCUAGUCAGCUUCAGAGAGUCUUGAAUACAUCUGUACAGGAUGGAUAUGGCAUGAAGAUCAUUCAUAUAGCUGCUCGGUUCAACAAUCUAUCACUUUUUGAGUAUAUAAUGUCAUUAGAGCAGCAGAAUAGAAAAACUUGUUUGCAUACUACAUUUCCUGCUGAUGAGAAUGGAAAGAAGGAAUAUGUGAAGAUCUGAAAUUCAUGAUUCACUAAGAAUAAUCUAUACACUCCUAACUCUAAAGGGGACUCUCUCCUUCACAUAAUUGUGAGAUAUGGAGCCUCAAGAGUGUUUUAUUCAUUUCUAGGUAUCUUACUAAAAAGUCUCAAAACAUGAAAUAAGGCUCUCGGCCCUAUAGAUUACGAAAAAGAAGGUCUCAGCAGAGAUUUUGCUGGAUCAGAAGACAUUGAAUCUGCAGAGCCUUCCCAAGAAUUUUCAGAUAAAUUCAAAGAGUAUAUGAACGUCGAUGGAGACUAUGCUUCAACCGAUGAUAGUGCUGAAGAGUCCGAGCCUGAGUUACAAGAUGAGCAUAAGUCCUCUCCCGAUGAGCAAAAAUCUUCUUCAGAAGAGAAACCACAAGAAAACACUGAUAUUCCUGAAUUUACAAAUUCUGAGCUGGCUUUGAUAAGAAAAGUUAUUCUAAAUGUCCUUUCUCAUAAGAAUAACAGAGGGGAUACUAUUCUGAUUGAAGCUGCUAAGCAGAACCGUCAAGACCUAUUGGACAGUAUCAGAGUAACCAACCUGGUAAGACCUGACCCAGAAAAGGAGAGAGAAGUCUCACUUGGCUACUUCUUCGAUAGAUAUGACGAGAUUACAGAGAAAAUUGAAAAUAGAAGGAGGAGAAGACGAUGCUGAAAUAUAUGGGAGGACGAAGAAGAGCCGGAAGAAAGCAUCGGGCUUAUCCAACUGCAUAGGAUAUCGCCUGAGCAGAGAAGAAAUAAUGAACUUAAAGCAAUCGCUUUAUUUGUGAUGCUUUUCUUAGUGGUAUUCAUAUGAGUUGUGGCUUUUGUGAUGUUAAAAAUAAUUAGAUAA